CACACAGUAUAUAUCUUUUAUGUUUAUUUCUUUACAGUAUACUAAAAGUUUGUAGUGGAAGUAUUUUGUGAAAGAUGAUGACUUUUGGUCGCAAUAUUUGUCGAAUCUCGAAUUUAUAGGCAUUUGUGUUUUUUACAAUCACAAUUAAUCAAUUUAUUGAUUUUGCAUUCAUCAAUACCCUGAAGUCAUAAAAUGAAAAGUUCGAUAAGGACAACUUGGCAAAAGUCGACGGUGUUGUUUAUUUUUGCAAACAUAAUUAUUACAUUAUGUUCUAUAGCGGCAUGCUUCAAAACAGAUAAUUCAGAUAAAGAAUCUCUUCAAUGUGGUGGUUGUAGCUUUAGCAGACAAACCAUCAUAAAAACACAAUAUAAGAAAGAAACAGAAGAUUACUGUCCAGCAACCAAUGAUCUUCAUAUUUAUGAAAAAACUACUGUCAAUCGUAUAGAUCGUUUAAAAGACAUGGCUAAGAUAGAGGCGGGCACCUUUACGAUUGGUACAAACGAACCUGUGUUUGUCGCAGAUGGUGAAGGUCCGAAACAACAAAUAUAUCUACAUAGUUUUUAUAUAGACAAGAUGGAAGUGAGUAAUCGUGAUUUUGAAAAAUUUGUCAACGUAACCAAUUAUCGGACAGAAGCUGAAAAAUUUGGAGAUUCGUUUGUAUUUGAAGGUCUGUUAGAUGAAAAAGUUCGAGCAAACGUAACGCUCGUUGUUGCUCAAGCUCCUUGGUGGUUACAAGUAAAAGAUGCAAAUUGGCAACAUCCAGAGGGUCCAACCUCUGAUAUUAAGAAUAGAAUGGAUCAUCCCGUUGUUCAUGUAUCAUGGAACGACGCUAUUGCCUAUUGCGAAUGGUUAGGAAAAAGAUUACCGACUGAAGCCGAAUGGGAAGUUGCUUGUCGGGGCGGACUGUCAGAUAGGCUCUACCCAUGGGGUAAUAACUUGAUUCCAAAUGGUCAAUACAGAGCAAAUACGUGGCAAGGUGAUUUUCCAAGUAAUAAUACUAAAGAAGAUAAAUACGAAAGCACAUCACCUGUUACAGAAUUCCCGCCGAAUAAGUAUGGAUUACGUAAUAUGAUAGGAAAUGUUUGGGAAUGGACAUUUGAUUGGUGGACGACCGAAACUAGAACGCGAGACGGGUCUAAUAAUCCUAAUGGUCCACCUCGUGGCACGGACAAAGUGAAAAAAGGCGGUUCCUAUCUCUGUCACAAGAGCUAUUGUUUUCGAUAUAGAUGCGCUGCUCGGAGUCAAAAUACUCCAGAUACAACGGCUGGAAAUCUUGGUUUUAGAUGUGCAUUGUCAGCUUAAUUUUAAUCGAAAAAAGAAUUAAUCGAUUUUUUUAAUAAAUGUUAUUUAAUCAUCUCAUAUUA